CCUUCUCGUGCAGCUGCUUCCGCUGCUCAAUGGAGGAAGAAAAAACCCUUUUUCCCGCCUAAUCGCACUCUCUCUCUCUCUCUCUCUCUCUCUCUCUCUCUCUCUCUCUCUCUCUCAAAUGGAUGGAGAGAAGAGCCCUCCAGGAUCCAAAUCCAAGUUCUCCAUCUACCAAAACCCAACCUUCUCUGCUGCCCUCACUGCCAAAAGCCUCCAGCCCUCAAAAUCCACCUUUCUUUUCAUUCUCUCCGUCUUCAUCUCUUCCUUACUCGCUCUUCUCGCCAUCCUUUCCAGGGAAAAUGGGUUCAUCAACAAUUUGAGAUUCAUGCACUUCUCCCAGACUACAGCCUAUUUGGUCAUCAAGAUUUCACAGAUGGUGGUAGUUGUGGUUUUGUUGGGAACUCUAUCUGCUUUUUUCCGAGCUGUAUUGCUGCACAAAGCAAGAAAUGGUUCUAGCGUCGGUAUCUCCAAGUCAUCUGCAUCUGCUUUGAAAGGUAUCAAGGAGCAGGGUGGUCUAACUGUGCGUCAACAAGGUCUUUUAGGAUCAAGGCCAAAACAAACCGAACAGGUUGAAUCAGAGUCGAUGAAGAAGCCGCCCAAGUCAAGGCCUCAUUCAGCAUCGUCUCCUUCAGAUGUGCUCGUCCCGCUCCAUCAUUCGGCCUCUAGUUCAAAUCGUUCAUUCCGGAUUGGAUCUGAUAAGCGACGCACCAGCGGUGGGAAGACUGUGGCUUCUUAUGCUCCAUCAUUAUCUCCAGGUUCGCCAUCUUCUCUGUUCCUUGUCUCACCGCCGGCGCCUUUACAGGCUUCAGAUCGGCAGAUAUCAACUCCUUGGUCGAAACAGCGACCUACCAAUGCAAAAGAAAUCCAGACUGAGGCAAUGCUUGAGCAGUUCUUGGCAGAUGUAGAUGAGAAGAUAACAGAAUCAGUGAUGAAAGUGGCAACUCCUAGCCAAAGUCAUAUGAGCCCUCCACCAACCCUUCAUGGUUUUGGCUCUGCCAGCCCCAGUACUAUUGCAAAUUCAGCUACUACCUCUGGGACUGCAAGGAGUACACCGUUGCGGUCUAUGAGGAUGUCCCCUGGCUCUCAAAAGUACACCACACCCCCGAAGAAAGGAGAGGGUGACUUGCCUCCACCUAUGUCGAUGGAACAAACGAUUGAAGCUUUCGAGAAUUUAGGCGUCUAUCCAAACAUCGAGCAAUGGCGAGAUCGUCUCAGACAAUGGUUUUCUUCGAUUUUGCUAAAUCCUCUCGUUGAAAAGAUUGAAACUAGUCAUAUUCAGGUUAUGCAAACAGCUGCCAAACUUGGUGUCUCAAUUAAUGUCAAUCAAGUGGGAAGAGGAUCACUGAAUGCUGGACCACCUGCCACUAUGUCUCCAAUUGAUGGGACCAAAGAAUGGCAGCCAGCAUUCACGUUGGAUGAAGAUGGGCUUCUUCAUCAGCUACGUGCUGCUCUUGUGCAAGCUCGUGAUGGUUCUGCAUCACAGUUGCCCUUAUCUGUUCUUCAACAUCCACAGCAGAACCCUGCAGUCCCUCUUAUACAGGAGUGUGUGGAUGCCAUCACUGAACACCAGAGGCUUCAUGCACUGAUGAAAGGAGAUUGGGUCAAGGGUUUGCUACCCCAAAGCAGCGUGCGUGCUGAUUACACAGUACAGAGGGUCCUAGAGCUUGCAGAAGGGACCUGUUUGAAGAAUUAUGAGUAUCUUGGGAAUGGAGAGGUGUAUGACAAAAUAAAUAAAAAAUGGACGCUUGAGCUUCCUACCGAUUCACAUCUGCUAUUGUAUCUAUUUUGUGCUUUCUUGGAGCAUCCCAAAUGGAUGUUGCAUGUUGAUCCUACAUCCUAUGCCGGUGCUCAGUCUAGCAAGAAUCCCUUAUUUUUAGGAAUCUUGCCUCCGAAAGAAAGGUUUCCCGAGAAGUACGUGGCUGUCAUAUCUAGUGUGCCGUCUGUUCUUCAUCCCGGAGCAUGUAUACUGGUCGUUGGAAAGCAAAGCCCUCCUAUUUUUGCUUUGUACUGGGACAAGAAACUACAGUUUUCUCUUCAGGGAAGAACGGCACUCUGGGAUGCUGUUUUACUUAUUUGUCACAGAAUCAAGCUGGGAUUUGGAGGGGUAGUACAGGGCAUGCAUCUUGGCUCCUCGGCUUUAAGUAUCCUCCCGGUUCUUGAUUCAGAAACUGAAGACUGAGUUGGGACAUGGAAGGCAUUGCGUGAUCCUCUUUUUCUUCAUUGAUGCUUGAUAUCUCACUAAUCAGAAGAUGUUUAGGAUAUGGUCUGUGCUCUAAUAUAUGUGACCCCACAUUCUAUGUAGGAAACAGUUGGGUACUCAUGUGUCCAUGUAUUUUGAGGAAUAUGUGGGAUUGGGUUUGGGUUUUGAGUAAGCUAAUAUCAGCUCUUUUUCAACCUUGCAAA